GAUAAUCAAUGUAAUUUCUCAAUUUAAAAGAUACACCAACACUAGCGUGCUUUUUGGCACUCGAAUUCAUCUCCGAAGGUUUCCCGAUCGUUUGCAUCUGGGGAUUUCACAGUUCAUCUUGCACAAAAUCUGAGAACUCUGCAGAUAGGAGAGAGAGGAUGGCAGAUACACUCGCGGCUUUGAGGUCUUUAAUGGCUUCUCACUCUCCACCUCUCCAUGCUCUGAUCAUUCCAUCUGAAGAUUAUCAUCAGAGUGAAUAUGUGUCCGAGAGGGAUAAAAGGCGUGAAUUUGUUUCUGGGUUCACUGGAAGUGCUGGUUUGGCACUUAUAACAAUGAACGAUGCAUUGCUCUGGACCGAUGGAAGGUACUUCUUGCAGGCAUCACAGCAACUAAGCCACCAGUGGAAGCUCAUGCGCAUUGGAGAAGACCCUGCUGUGGAUAUCUGGAUUGCUGAUAAUCUACAAAAAGAUGCUGCUGUUGGUAUUGAUCCUUGGUGUGUAUCAGUAGACACAGCACAAAGAUGGGAGUAUGCUUUUGCCAAAAAGCAACAAAAGUUGGUUCAAACAUCCACAAACUUGGUUGAUGAAGUUUGGGAAGAUCGGCCUCCAGUUGAAAUUAAUCCUGUAAAGGUCCAUCCUUUAGAAUUUGCUGGUCGUUCUGUUGCAGAUAAGCUGAAUUAUCUUAGAGAAAGGCUGAAAGAGGAGGAAGUUCGGGCUAUUAUUAUCACAACACUUGAUGAGGUUGCGUGGUUGUAUAAUGUCCGUGGAAAUGAUGUUUCAUAUUGCCCAGUUGUUCACUCAUUUGCCAUAGUAACAUCUUUCUCAGCCUUCUUUUAUGUUGAUAAAAGAAAGUUAUCAUCUGAGGUAAACUCUUUUCUGGAGCAAAAUGGAAUUGUGAUACGGGACUAUGGGACAAUUAGCUCAGAUGUGGUCUCCCUUGCAUCUAAUCAGCUCACUCCUGGCUCUCUAGCUAAUGGAACUCUAUCUGAAGGACCAAUGGACAUGGAAACAGGAAAUGGUGCAAGUGAAGCAGAAGAGCAGACAUUCAACCUCAUCUGGGUUGACCCUGGCUCUUGCUGCUUUGCUUUAUACUCAAAACUGAAUCCUGAUCGGGUUCUCCUGAAGCAGUCACCUUUGCCGCUUGCAAAAGCUAUCAAGAACCCUGUUGAGUUGGAUGGGUUGAAAAAAGCACACAUUAGGGAUGGUGCAGCUGUUGUGCAGUAUCUUGUGUGGCUUGAUAAUCAGAUGCAAGAAUACUAUGGGGCUUCUGGUUAUUUCAUGGAGGUGGAGAGUAAGAACAAGAGAAAACAUCUGGAAACUAUGAAGCUGACUGAAGUUUCUGCAAGUGAUAAGCUAGAGGGAUUCCGUGCAUCAAAAGAGCAUUUUAAAGGGUUAAGUUUUCCUACUAUUUCAUCUGUUGGGCCCAAUGCUGCAAUUAUCCAUUAUGCUCCAGAUGCUAAAACAUGCUCAGAACUUGAUCCUGAUAGCAUCUACUUAUUUGAUUCAGGAGCCCAGUAUCUUGAUGGAACAACUGAUAUAACACGGACAGUUCAUUUUGGGAAACCUUCAGCUCAUGAGAAAGCAUGCUAUACUGCGGUUCUCAAGGGUCACAUUGCCUUGGGUAAUGCUUGCUUUCCGAAUGGAACCAAUGGAUAUGCUCUUGACAUUCUUGCACGAAUUCCUUUGUGGAAGGAUGGUCUUGAUUACCGACAUGGUACUGGUCAUGGAAUUGGGUCAUACUUAAAUGUACAUGAGGGACCUCAUUUAAUUAGUUUCAGGCCACAUGCUAGGAAUGUACCAUUACAAGCUUCAAUGACUGUGACAGAUGAACCUGGUUAUUAUGAGGAUGGGAACUUUGGGAUAAGACUAGAGAAUGUUCUUAUAGUCAAGGAGGCUGGUACGAGAUUCAAUUUUGGUGACAAAGGCUACUUGUCAUUCGAGCACAUAACAUGGGCCCCGUACCAGAAAAAACUGAUUGAUGCGAACCUUUUAACCCCUGAAGAAGUAGAUUGGGUGAACACCUACCAUUCUAAAUGUAGGGAAAUUCUGGCCUCAUAUUUGGAUGAUUCUGAAAUGGCAUGGCUGAAGAAGGCUACUGAACCGUUGACCGCCUGAGUGAUCUCUCGUCUGUCCUUUGGAUUUGGAGUUCAGAAUCAGCAAGCAACCUCUCUUUUUCCCUGAAUUAUGUGUAGUCGUGCAUAUGGAUUAGCUUGGGCAUCUUUGAAUAGUUCAUAUUGGGAUGCUUCUAGAGAUGACUUUUAUUUUCUCCCUUUAUUUACGCAGUUAAUUAUUGGAUGACUGAUAAGUGACAACGAAAAAGGUGGUACAAGUAUUAUGGUUUAUAAAUAAAGUGCUAAGACUUGCAUGACUGCAAUAUUGUGUGA